UCUGUUUCUAUUGCGUCCUCUUCUUUCUUUCUUUCUUUCUUUCUUUGUUCCUUUCUUGCUGUGCUGCUAACUCCUCCUUCAUCUCCUCCAUUCCAUGCCGUCUCGUCUCGUCUCGCGAAGGGUAGCCUGGUACCAACCAGUGGGAGAGAGGGAGUCUCACCGUCAUUAUCAUCCCCCCGCCCCUUCUUUCCCCCUGAGUAGUUCAUGUCAAUCUGCCUGGCGCACACCAAUCAAACAUUCUCUGAACUGCCUUCCUUCUCCGCAUCUCGUCACCGAGCCAAACAGCGUCAUUGCGAUCAAAGCAUUGAUUGUCCUCUCAGGCCCAUUCCAUUGCUUCCAUCAUGGACGCCGCUGCACUGGCUCCCCCUCCUGUUGGUGGAAAUGCAGGCCCUGAUUCAUCUCCGCCACGCUCCCCUGCACUGAAACCCUGGGAUCAGCACGGCGGUGUCAUCAACAUGCCCCGCUACCUCUAUUCCUCCGACGCGGUCCCCCUCCUUCAUCGUUCGGGCUUCCUCAUCACGUGUGCCUAUCGACGCGAGAAAAGUGCCACGAAGGAGGCGGUGGAGAUUCUUCGUGAGUUUCUCGAUUUUACCAAACCUAACGGAGGUGCGAAACGUGCGAGAACUGAAUCGUAUUCGGGCUCGACACAACAGAACUCGCUAGGGUUAACCAAGAUUGAAGCGCAGUUACGCUCUCCAGAAGAGAGAGAUACCAAGGUUGCUGAAGUGGAAAGACAAUCUUCAUCAACGGGGAUUACGGGAAAAUUGGAUGGCUCAAAUACAGAUGAGGGAUCUCCAACUGCUAUGGAAAAGAAUGGAUUUGGAAUGGACCAUGCUGAAACUUUUACGUUGAGCGACAGGGAUACUGGAUUAGGUUGCAGCUCAGCUCCUGAUAUGAAAGGAGAGUUUCGUUUAGUGAAGCUUGCAAGGAAUGGUAUGGUCUACAUAUCAAUUCCUUGCCGCUCAGCUGAAGACCUUUUCACGUCCUUCAUCAAAAUAAUCAAUGAUUUUCACUCAAGAACAAGAGCCGCACCCAGAUGGUGUCAUCGAAUAUUUCCUGCACAGGUCACCUGCCUUUGGACCAAGGAGGAUGUGCAGAGUAAUGUAAUUACUUUGGUGAAGACCUUUAUUAAGGGGCGUGAUAUUUCUAGCAGCAGUCCACUAAAGUAUGCAGUUGCCGUCAACAAACGAGGAUUAGAAGAUAAAGAGAAACCUGGGGUAACUACAGCAUCAGUAUUUGGAAAGCCCGAAUGUAUUCACGCGGUAGCAGAAGCUAUUCAAAGUCUUACAGAAUACAUAUCUGUGGACUUAACGAACCCUCAGAUGGUGGUUAUGCUUGAAUUACUUCCACUAGUACGCGUGGGGACAUCUGUUUGUGCAGUAUCUGUUCUUCCGCGAGAGCUUGUACUUACAAAACCGAAGUUGGUGAUUCAAGCCUUGGCACCUCCCAAGAAGCAGAAGAAGUGAAAUUAGUUCACGAAAGGAACAGAACAAAUUUUUUUAGUGUGCCUGAACUGCUUUAAUGCUCUGUUUUCUGAUUGAUCAGUGACCAGUCGAUCGCUUAUUUACCAAGUUUGCUGGUUUUUGAAAUCCAUAUUUAAAUUGUAAACGGUCACGUCCAAUGACCGUUUCAGAACCUUCACAUCGUCUGCAAAUUCAGCCUUAGAAUCUGUUCAUUUCACUUCGUCAGAAACAUGUUAGACUCUGCAACACUUCCACCUACAACGAAUAUUUUGUGGUGAAUGCGUUAUUGAGUAUCUCCUGCCAUGUCGCCAUGGCAGUAUGUGGUCGUCAACGGUUCUAGGUUUGUCUUGGAGUUCUAGAAUGAGCUCUUUAUGAUGGGCGUUUACGGUGAAUUUAUUCGGCCUCAUGUACUGUAAGGGUCAUGUGAUUCCUUAAUUUAACUCUGGAAUUAUGCACA